AUCUUUCCGCCGUUCGCUUCCUGAGCUGCUAAUAUUUACGUUUUACUCUUUCAAUGCAAUAAAUUUAUCCGAAAUGUUAAGCAACGAAUGAAAUGCGACGCUGUCAGUUAAAAACCGUGCAACUAACUUUCAACUCGAAAUGGUCGACACUCGUUAGUACGAGUUGUCGCCACCCAAACGCUGCAAAUUGCGCGCUAAAACAUUACGCUGCGCGUUGUUUCACUGGAGCCUGCCUGCCUGAUGCAAAGGCGUUUGGCGAGAAGAAACACAGCCAUGCGAAGUGUUUGUGGAAAUUGUAUUGAGAAUGGGAAAGUUUCCUGGCAAACCUUCGAAAUUUGUAAAUAAGAAAAGGAUCCAAGUUGCGAAGUGCGGGUCGGAAAAGGAUAACAACUCUGCGAAAAAUGCCGAGAACAUUUACAAUGGCCUUGCGGUAUUUUACGAAGUAUUUGGUUCUGAUGAACAGGUUAACGAUGAUUUCCAUGGAUUUACACCCGGUGAGGUAAAGGAGGCUGCAGAUUUUAUUAGUGCGUUAAAUAAAACUAGAGUGUGCAAAGGCCGGAAAGUUUCUCGCAAAAAGUGUGUGAUCGCUGAUGGCGACCAGAGGGUGGAAGACAAUAGCAGAGCACCGGUCAGGCAGAACAGGAAGCAGUGUUUUGAUGGCGGUGGGACUGAACACAAGGCAGUUAGCCCGAAGUUCAAGAAAGUGAAAUGUGCGUCGAUCAGCUCCAGUGCCCUAUCUUUGAAUAGGACUUUCAAACACGAUGUAGCCAAAAGAAUCCUAAACAAGGCCAAGAAAGCCUCCCACAGCGUGAGCAACCUUACUCAGCAGGACAAAACGAAUCCCUUAACACCGAGGAAGUUCGUCCUGCCAAGCCGCAGUGCCCAUUCGUCGCGGGUCAUCAAACCCAACAAGAGGUUCCUGGAAGGGGAGGAAGUGUUCAGCGAUGUCGGCGUCGACGAAGCCGGGGCAGACUCGAAGCUAAAGAAGCCCAAGCUCGUGUUCGAGCCGGACGACGAUGCCAGCGAAGCUGCCAGAGGUGCCGGCGAGAGCAGCUGCGUGCCUGCCGCUGCCUCCGCCGCCUCCGAGCCGGAAGCAUCACCGCCAGAGCCUCAGGGGGCGAGGAGUUUCACGUCGUGCAAGCUGAGGUUCAUCGGCGUGAAGGAGUUCGGGCGGGGGGUGGCGUCAUGGCCGAGGGUCGGGGCGGACGGGGACGGCUUCAAGUGGACCGGAGGCAGCUUGUCGCAGCCGAGCAAGUCGGAUCCCGAGAGGAGGACGUUCAGCAGUGGGGCGGCGCCGGCCACCAGCCCGGCCGGCAGCAGCGGCAGCAGCAAGGUCAUCCUACGCAAGGCCCGCCUCAAGCUGGACUCCCGGGUUUCCCGAUCAGAGGGCUCCUUCGCCACUGUCUCCACUUCUAACGGGGCGGCGACGCCGGAGACGGUGCAGUGCAGCGUGUGCGGGGCCGUGCGCUUCUACAAGUUCGUGAAGCAGGCGCGCAAGUUCGGCGUGCUGUGCUGCGAGUCGUGCCGCAAGUUCGUGAGCAAGAUGAUCCGGCUGCUGCCGGGCGGCGAGCUGGGCCAGCAGAGGACGCAGCUCGAGUGCCACAACGGCAACGGGAUGUGCCGGGUGCCCUCGGUGGUGCGGAACCAGCAGUGGCGCUCGUCCAGCACGCUGGAGUGGUGCGCCUACAACGCGCGCUGCCCCGCCUGCUGGCUGCAGAUGUGCCUGCGGGCCUUCACGAUGCCCCCCGCGCUGAAGAGGCAGCUGUGCCGCAUGCUGCCCCCCGACAUGCGGGAGGAGCGCGCGCCUGGUCAGCCUCCCCCCACGCCCGCACGGGACCUUCCUACCCAAGCACGCUCAAAACGCAAAGCAGCUCUAGCAUCUCUAAAAAAAAUGGUUAUCCAAAGAGAAGAUACGGCCGGGGAAGAUUUUCGGACAGAUAAGAAACUUCAGCCGGAGAAAAAAUAUGUGAAUAAAAAAUUACUUGUAGAUAAUAAACUGAAGGUAGAAAAGAAGCUUAACGUGGCUAAGAAGAAGGUACAAGUGGAGAAGAGGCCUCUCACCGAGAGAGCUCCGUCGGACAAAAGGGCUCAGGCAGAGAAGAAACUGCAACUGGAGAAAAGACUUAAGCCUAAAAAAAAGAAUGAACAGAAUAAAAUGGAUAGGAAAAACAAUACUCAGCUCAACCACUUAGCGACAACAAAGAUUCUGAAGAAGGCUGCUAAGAAUCUGGUGAAAGUGAAAGGGGACAAGAAGGAGGCCGGGGAGGAGCGUCGACGCCAGCAGCUGGAGCUGAAAGGCCCGCGCGUCAAGCAUGUGUGCCGCAGCGCGUCCAUCGUGCUGGGUCAGCCCCAGGCCACCUUCCCCCUCCACUCCCGCCCGGACAAGAAGAAGCUCGCCCGCCAUGCUGGGAAGGUGUCGAAGAGCAAGCCCUGGGGCUCCAAGCACGCCCUGCAGGAGGAGGACGCUGCCGCUAGAGCCAACAGCACGGACAAGUGCGCGACGGACGUGCGUGGCCCCAGGGCCCAGCGCGGCAGCCAGGAGGCCCCGGCGCAGCCCAGGGAGUCAGGGGAGAGCGGCCCGGGGGACACUGCCCCGCCUCCCAGCUCCCGCAAGGCUGCCAAGCUGCCCGUCGCCUCCAUCCUGCCGCCUGUGGCGCGGAUCCUGCCACUGAGCAGCGGAGGGGGCGGGGCCAGCCCCCAGCACCUCAUCUGCGUCGACUUCUGGGAGAGCUACGACCCGGAGGAGGUGUGCAACACUGGCUUCGCUCUCGUCGGCUCCGAGCCCUUCCACGUGCGGGCCGUCUGCUUCCUGUGCGGCAGCGCCGGCCACGAGAAGCUGAUCCACUGUGCGUCGUGCUGCGAGCCCUACCACAUGUUCUGCGUGGAGGAGGGGGCGACGGGCGUGGCCCGGCCGCUCUCGUGGACCUGCAAGCGCUGCACGGUGUGCCAGGGCUGCGGGCGCGGCUCGGGCCAGCAGGUGAACUGCCAGCGCUGCCACCGCUCCUACCACAGCGAGUGCCUGUGCUCCGACCGCUCCAGCAGCCGCCUGCACAGCCCCGACCGCCCCUGGGUGUGCGCGGCGUGCCUGCGCUGCAAGAGCUGCGGCAAGCCGGAUGUGACCGUGUUCGUGGGCAACCUGCCCCUCUGCAAGGCCUGCUUCAAGCUGCGCAAGAAAGGCAACUUCUGCCCGCUGUGCCAGCGCUGCUACGAGGACAAUGACUUCGACACCAAGAUGAUGGAGUGCGGACAGUGUCGAUGCUGGGUCCACGCCAAGUGCGAGGGACUGUCGGACGAGAAGUACCAGGUGCUCAGCUACCUGCCAGAGUCUGUCGAAUUUGUCUGCAGGUUGUGCAGUGCGACGCCUCCCGCGCCGUGGUGGCGUGCCGUGGAGGAGGAGAUGAAGGCGGGCUACCUCGCUGUGCUCAGGGGGCUCAGCAAGAACCGCAAGGCUUGCGCCCUCUUCAAGUGGAGCCCCAAGAAGCAAUGCGCGUUCCACGCCAAGCGUAUCGAUUCCCAGGACGGGGCUGAGCUGUCGGACUCCUCUCUGGACGAUGUCGGGUCGACGGAGGGUCGCGCUCUCGACCAGAAAGGGGAGGAUGAUCCAGGGACUACCUCAAAUUCAGAGGGGACCUCCUCUGCGCCUGGCAGCGACAGUCUAGCGGCUGGCGAUGUCCAUCUGAUCCCCUCAGAGCAGAAUCUGCCAAUUGGUGAAGUGGGGCGGUCACUUGUUAACUUGCGGCAGAGGUUCAACAUCAAGGAGUGUAGGGUGCAGAUAAACUACCCCAGGCCGCAAGCAAGUCUGUCGGUGCCGAUUCCUGCAAUAGGUCGUUCGUCUGAUACACGUGUGGAUUGCACAUUUAGAGGUUGCGGUUCGCCGAGCAAGAUCCCAGCAGUGCCGAUGGCGACGCCAUCGAGCGACUCCGGCCUCGGCAGUACCGAUGAUGAGCUGAAACCCAGCCUCAGCACGGAGGAGGAUCCGGAGGACGCAACGUUCCUGUCCGGUGUGCCGGCCCUCUCGAGGUCACGGACAACGGAGGCCUGCGUGGACGGGACUACGGUCGAGCCUGAGGAAGUGCCGGAGAGCAAGAGGUGCAGAUGCCAAGAGCUGCAGCUGAAUGCCAAUCUUUCCUCGACACUUCUUGCAAUAAAGAAGAGCGUCGCCUCCAACGAUUACUUCUCGCUCCUCAAGUUUCAUGAAGACAUGGAGCAGCUAGUAAGUUCCACAAACUGCCCCGAUCUUCUGGAAACUUACCAUAAUGCACUCAGGGAGGUAUUCCCAUGGUUUGAUCCUAAAUCUGCCAAGGUUUCAGAAAAGCCUAUUAUAAAUUCUUCUUCGAAGGUGGACAGACAAGAGAUUGAACUUAUAGAAGGUGAUGAAUCAAAUCCAAAGCAAGCAGAUCUUUUUGUUUUACCGGAGGGGAGUGAGGAUUAUUAUUACAGUGGGUAUACUGUGAAAGAUGUGCGGACGUGCGUGUUUUGCAAAGGAGUGGGUGAUGGCCUCCCAACUUUGGAAGGCCGUCUUCUUUACUGUGGACAGAAUGAGUGGACACAUGCUAAUUGUGCAUUGUGGUCUGCUGAAGUAUUUGAAGAAAUAGAUGGCUCAUUACAAAAUGUACAUGUGGCCAUGUCUCGGGGCAGGAUGAUUCGUUGCAGACUGUGUAGAAAGAAAGGUGCGAGUGUGGGAUGUUGCUAUCGCAAUUGCAUUGAGACUUACCACUUCCCAUGUGCAAUGAAAGCCAAGUGCGCAUUUAUGGAUGACAAGAGUGUUUACUGCAGUGCUCACGUUGAGGAAGCAAUAGUUGGGAAGAAGAUGGCUCUGACGUCCGACUUUGAUCUUCCACGUUCUAUCUAUGUCGAACUGGACCGCAAAAAGAAGAAAUAUGUCGAACCACAACAAGUUCGAAUAAUGAUCGGCUCUUUGGUAGUGGAAAACAUAGGAGAUUUUGUGCCCAGUGUUUCAGACCAAAAAGACUUCAUUAUUCCCAUGAACUACAGUUGCUCGCGGCUGUAUUGGUCGGCAGUAGAGCCAUGGAGGAUUGUGCGCUACAAUGUUAAAGUGACUUUGAAAACUACAGUUUUCCAGCCUGCUCAGGAUCUGGGACAGAACGUGACUGUCGACCACACGCAAGGUGCCCAGCUCGUGCAACAGAAGAUAGCAGAUAUUCUGCGUUGGCAACAGCAGGUUUUGCAGUUUGAUGAACACAAACUGUUAUUGCCAAAACUGAAGAGUGCAUCGGUACAGACGGAUCCAAGUACUAAAAAAAUUCCUGCAGAGACUAAAGUUGCACGUCAAAUCCUGGAUCACCUCCUGGAAGUAGUUUGCAAGGACGUUGACGACAACUGUCUUACGGAUCCUCAGAACACUGCAGACCUCCUCCCCCCAGAGCUGAAGGAUGCCAUAUUCGAAGACCUUCCCCACGACCUCAUAGAUGGCAUCUCCAUGCAAGACAUCUUCCCUAAACUAAUGAACAGCUACGAGGACUCCGUGGCGCUAGACCUGAAAGCCGACAUCUAUUAUGGAGCGGAGUCCCUCAAGGAAGGGAAGGAAGAUCUCUGUGAAGAAGCUCUGAUGGACUCGGAGGUGGAACCGGUGGUGGCAAACGUCUUCCCGAACAACAAGAGGCUGGAGACGAUGACGGAGCUGGGCUCUCAGACAGACCUGUGGUUUCAGAACAAUGAAGCAAAGGACAGCGUUGAAGAGAGGUUUGCCAAGAGGAAGGACUUGCGCAGGAGCAAGUCGGAGGGUAUCCCCAACUCUGGCAGGCACCACCGCUCCUGUAGUCUGCUGUGGAACUGCAAGCUAGACGGCAGCGGCAAGCGCAAGCCGUCCCACCGGGCCAGCCUAGACGACGCAACAUACGUCGCCGCCGAGAUGCAGAGGUUGCAGGAGCGUCACCGUGAGUUGCGUUACCGGCUGGAGGGAGAGGAGGGCAUCGUGGCGGCCCGCCGCAAGGACCACGGCAAAGAGAACAAGUUUCUGCCUUGGCACGGCCGCCCACUGUCUCGCAUCCCGCAGCUGGACGGGGCAGCAGACUCCUCCAGUAGCGGCAGUGAAUCUGAGUCGCCGCCUCACGAGGGCACAGCCGACAUGGUCCGGCAACGAAGUGCCUAUGCCCCGGCCACCACGGACGAUGAGCCCGUCACGUGUAGUCGCUGCCAUCGCACCUAUAGAACAAUAAAUAGCUUUGAACGGCACUUAUCUACAUGCAACAACGAUUUAAUUCUUUCUACGAGCGAUAGUGACUCUGAAAACCCAAAGUCUUGCGAAGAGGACUGCGGGAACAACAGAGCAUCGAGAGAUUCGCCACAGAGUCAGGCGAGAUCGGAAGACAAAUCCCCGGUGGCACCGGUCGAGGAGGAGAUAGUGGAGGUCCGUGUUCCUUCUCCUCCUCCUGUCCCGGAGACAGUGCCGGAGCCAGUGGUGAAGCUGCCUGCUGUCGUCAGUUCUCCCCCCAGGCCAUCUCCUCCCCCGGCGAGGGUGGUGGGACGGACGGGGCGGCCACGGGGGCGCCCCAGCAAGCAGAGGUUGCUAGCCAUGCAGCAGGAGAUGAUGGUCCACACCCCGGUACAGCAGCCUCAGACGCUAUUGCAGCCACCUCCCUCCGUCAUCAUGCAGCAGGUGCAGUCGCCCAACAUGAUGGCCUCGUUCGUGGACAGUUUCCAGCAGCAAACGGGCCACAACCUACAGUACAUUGCCACCAUCGACAGCCACAAGCCACCACAGUACAUCACCACGCUGGACGGCUACGUCGGGCUGCCUGCGGCCGGGAUACCCAUGAUGCCGCAGGCCGCAGUGCUGGGCACACUGAUCCAGCCGCAGUGCGGGGUGAUGACCACGGAGCAGAUGGUGCUGGGACCCCCGGGGGGCAUGAUCCUGGGCCAGCCCAUGUACUACGGCCUGGAGACCAUCGUCAGCAACACCGUCAUGCAGUCGAGCCAGUUCGUGUCGGCCACGAUGCCGGCUUGCGACUAA